AGCAUACCUGAUGUCAGUCUGGUCCUCUAAACUAACUGGACUUUUUGCCUAGGGUUACCAGCCCCUAGGACCUAGGGUUACCACCCCCUAGGAUUUUUCGCCACCUAGAGUUACCACCCCCUAGGACCUAAGGUUACUUCUCCCCCUUAGGACUUCCUUCACUAGGGUUACCACCCCCUAGGACCUAAGGUUACCGUCCCUUAGGGUUUUUCACCUGCCUAACCACAAUUAAGACUUUCCUGUAAACUCAUUCAGCAUAUCAGAUAACAAAUAACCUUAACUUUGAAUCUCUUUGUCAUAUCAAAAUUAAGGUUCGACCAUCGGAUGUUUCCCACAUCAAUACAUAAUUUAUUUGUUGUUAACAAUAUUGAACUGUUUAAAUGAGUAAUAUCACUUCUUAUUACCUAUAAUAUGUAAACUUGCAAGGUGUAACCUCGUGAGUAUAAUAGAAUUGGUACUCGAAUAUACCUUAUCACUAGGGAGACAUAGUUUAAGACCUAAAUACCAUUUUAGAUUAUCUCUGUAGGCAGACCGUUGGAUUCAGAUGGAAUAACUCCCUAUGAAUUAUUUCAAAAUAGUAUCUCACUAAAGUGAUCGCCCCGAGAUGAUGCAUAAGGUGUAGAUGGCGCAACGUGGCGCGGAGGAAGCGCGCUCUGCUUCUAUUGGCGGUCUAUUUGGGUCCCUUUUCUGUCCGGAUCAGUCGUCCGUUAUCGUCCAUGUUUUAGGCCGUUAUCCGGGAAGAGUUUACGACCUACCGCGGUGCUUCAAGCUAAAUGCAUGGCUUGUGCUCUCCGGAUGAGCCUCCCGAAUCCAUCUCCCCUCCCUCCCGGAAACCAGAACAAGGAUUGGAACGCGAUCCUCAGGCACCAUGCCAGACUCAAGAACGAUCGAGCCAUCCUCGCGACCUUCGCCCAAAUGGAGGCCUUCGGCGCCCACAGCGACAGGAUCGCGUUGCCUGUCGUCCUCAAGGCCUGCGCGGCAUUGCGGGAGGUCGAUAUAGGAAGAAGUGUUCAUUCUUCCAUAGCUGGAACAGACUUGGUGGACGACGCGCGUGUCCGGACCGCGCUCAUCGACUUCUACUGUAAGUGUGGGUUCCUCGAUGAUGCAUUUGACCUAUUCGAUGAAAUGGCGAAGAGAGAUUUGGUUUCGUGGAAUACCAUGAUCUCUGGAUGCACUGGAAAUGGGCAGCAUAAAGAUUCGAUUUUGCUUUAUCUUAGGAUGAGAAGAGACGGUCUGAGGCCGAAUUCUGUGACCUUGGUUAGUCUAAUUUCAGCUUGUGCUGAGUUGGACGAGUUUAGGCUUGGGCAAGCUGUGCAUUGCUAUAGUUUGAGGAAUGGGAUUCUUGAUCUGAAUCCGUACGUUGGGACAUCUUUGAUUUGUCUUUAUAGUAGGUUUGACAUGCAAUUAUCUCGCAAUGUUUUUGAAGUGAUGAAAAGAAAGAGCACUGUCAGUUGGAAUGCUCUCAUAGAUGGAUAUUUACAGAUUAGUGAUUUUUCUGAAGUACUGGACAUAUUUCUUAAAAUGCUAGUUGACAAGGUGUCUCCUGAUUCUGUGACAUUCUUGGCUGUUUUGCAAUCAUGUGGAGGAAUUGGUUGUUUAACGUUGGCAAAGCAAGUGCACCAAUUUGUUGUUAAAUAUGGCUUCUCCUCAGAUGAGUUUGUGGGGAAUGCAUUGAUCGACAUGUAUGGUAACUGUGGGCAUUCUGAAUAUGCAAGUCUUGUUUUUCAAAAUGGGCUAACAAGGGAUGUUGCCUCCUGGAAUGCUAUGAUAUCUGCAUUCAGAAAUUGCUUAUUCCAUACUAAAGCAUUUGGUUUGUUUAGCCAAAUGCAAUUUGAAACUGUGAAACCAGAUACAACUACCAUUUCAUUGAUGUUUUCCAUAUGUGCUCAAUGUGGCUGCAUUAUGGGAGGCCGACAAUUGCAUGCCUAUGCCAUAAAAAGAGGAAUGGCAUGUAACACUUCUCUCGAUAAUGCAUUACUGUCUAUGUACCUGGACAUGAACAUUAUUGCAUCUGCCAUCGAGAUUUUUAAUGGGAUGGUUAAUAAAAAUGUUAUUUCUUGGAACAUAUUGAUCAUAGGAUUGAUCAAUCAUGGGUUGACAUGCCAGGCUUGGGAUCUCCUCAGGAAAAUGCAACAGACAGAAACUAAACCAAACUCAUUCUCUAUGGUCUCUCUUCUCGCAGGGUGCAGAGACAGCUUGCUCUUGAAUUUUGGCAGGUCUAUUCAUGGUUAUGUGAUAAGACAUGGCCUCGAUAUCAACCCAUCUCUCUGCACUGCUCUUUCAGAUAUGUACAUGAACUGUGAGCAUGAAUUAGCUGCAGCUCAUAUGUUUUGGGGGUACUCCGACAGAGAUUUAAUAUGUUGGAAUACUAUGAUUGCGAACUAUACUCAAAAUGGAGAACCCAAUGAAGCUAUUACUCUGUUCUACCAAAUGCAAUUGGAAAGGGAACCAGAUGCAGUUACGAUGAUCAAUAUUCUUCCUUCGUGUGCACAAUUGGGGAAUCUUUUGCUAGGAAGAAGCAUUCAUGCUUAUGUCAUCAGAAGGGAGCUUGGUCUGCCACUCAACAAUUAUUUGGGCAAUGCUCUUCUUACCAUGUAUGCAAAAUGUGGAAGCAUAAGGAGUGCCGAGUUGAUAUUCAGGAACCUAGUCCAAAGAGAUAUCAUAUCUUGGAAUGCAAUGAUUGCAGCAUAUGGAAUUCAUGGGCAAGGUGAAGAUGCACUUAGCAUAUUCUAUGAAUUAGUAGAUGAUGGUCAGAGACCCACAGGUGUGACUUUUGUUUCUCUUUUAUCAGCCUUCAGUCACUGUGGUAUGGUUGAAAAAGGAUGGAAAAUUUUCCAUGCCAUGAAUAAGGAUUAUAACAUACCUCCUGAUGUUGUUCAUUACGCAUGCAUGGUAGACCUUCUUGGUCGAGCAGGCAACCUUGAUAAAGCUAAAGAAGUGGUCCACCUAAUGCCCUUGGAACCAGAUGCUAGUCUUUGGAGAGCUCUUCUUAGUUCUUGUCGAGUAUUUCACAAUGUUGAACUUGCAAGUGCAGUUGGAGAAAAGCUAUUUGAAUUAGAACCCAUGAAUAUUGCAAAUUACAUACUUCUCUCCAAUAUUUAUGCUGCUGCUGGAAAUUGGGAAGAUGUCAAUACUCUGAGAACUAACAUCAAGGAGAAAGGUUUAGAAAAGACUCCAGGUAAUAGUUGGAUAAACAUAAAAAACCAAGUCCAGUCUUUUACUGCAGGGGACAAAUGACACUGUCAACCUCAGUAGUCACACAUGCAAGACUAGAACUGUUGCUGCAUGAGCUUGUGGAAAAUGGCUAUAUACACCUUAUUCAUGUUCGAUGUCUCAGAAAGUGGAAUUUGAGCAAAGGGAUCAUUCUAAUUUACUACUGUGAGAAUCUAGCAACUUAUAUAAGCAUUUAAGGUUCACAAAGUAUAUGCUAACAGAAAACAUCACUGCCCUGGAAAUCUUCACAAGAUUCUAAGCCAUUUUAUUGUGCCAUCAAUUAUGUAACGUCUCGUUAUUCAUAAACUAUAAGUGGGAAUUCACCAAUCAAGAUGUUCUUCCUAGUGAAGCCGGUGAAACACAUAAUCAUUCAGGAACAAAAUUAAUUUAUUUGCAUCUUGACUUCUGAGACUGAAAACUUUUAAUUAUGUUCAAGGUAAUCGAACAUUUUAAGAUACAGCAGUUGAGAAGCUUAUUGAGUUCUUCCUUGCAGCAUCCACCCUGAGAUGAUAAAUGUUACAGAUUCUACCACUACAUAUCCAAAGAUGUUUCCUUCUAAGCAAAAGAAGGAUAUGUAUUACAGAGUUAUGGCUUAACCAUACAACCUCCAGCUAUUCUCACAAGUCGCAAGAGCAGAUGAUGGCAGGAUCUUAUCGACUAUCAAAUCACUGCUGGAGGUUGCUGUCCUCUUCUCUAUUAUAGGUAGCAAAGCAAUUUCACAGCAAAGCAUAGAACUCGUAAGCUGUCAGUUACCAGUAACUUUCUUGGUCACAUCAAGUUUUCCCUGGUUCACCAAAAAACAAAAAGAGGAAGUCAUUGAUACAUAUGUCAGCCAUGGGAAUGUGAUGGUAAUUGGUAAAGCCAAGAAGAAGGUGAAGAACCUAAAGAGAUGGUUAACCUAGUUGAACAUGUAACACAUCAAGUUAUUGGUGGCUUGGCCCAGAAGGAUCAUUGUAGUUUUGCUGCUUGAACUUUACUUUGUAAUAGUUUUGCUGCUAGUAAAAGAGAUUGAACGAGUUCAUUUGGAUAAGUUUAAA